AUGAAGAAAUUUAUUAAAACAAUAAAAAAGAAGGCACAGAGCAAGGGAAGUUACGACCCGCAGGAGGCAGCUGACACUGGAGGGGCUUCGGGAGGGACAGAGACUGGUUAUGUUGUUCGCGAAAAAGAUCUCCCGAAACUUCACAAAGCAGCAUGGACUGGGGAUUUGUCCAAAGUAGUGCAACUUGUGAAAAAGGAUACUAGCUCUCUUGACAAAGAAAACAGGACUGCUUUGCAUCUUGCAUGUGCAAAAGGCCAUGCUGAUAUAGUUAAAGUUCUUCUAGAGUGGCAUGCCAAGAGCAACAUCGGGGACAGUGAAUCAAAAACGCCCCUCCUGAAGGCUGUGGAAUGUGGCCAUGACGACUGUGUGAAGCUAUUGAUAGAACAUAAUGCCCAGGUUGAUACUGUGGACAGAGAGGGGAACUCUGGUCUACAUCUGGCCGUUCUCUACAACCAUCCCAAAAUUGUCAAAAUUCUCACAGAUAAAGGUGCCAAUGUCAACAUCAAAAACAAGACUGAGGAGGGAUUAGCCCCUCUACACAUGUCCAUACAGUUUAAAAGGGAUGAAAUUACCAGGGCCUUGCUGAUAGCAAAAGCAAAUCCAGAUGUGCAGGAUAACUUGGGCAGAACUCCAUUAAUGCUGGCCUGUUAUGAGGGUUCCAUCACUCCCGUCAGAAUGCUGCUGCAGUUUAAUGCCAACACCGUCAUCAAGGACAAGAAAGGUUUUACAGCAGAGGACAUGGCUAACAUGACAGGACAAUAUGCUGCGGCACAGCUACUAAGUGACCAUGCCAUGAAGUUAAGGAGGUCCGCUGGGGGAAGUCUCGCCGGGAGUGUCACCCCACGGGAGACCCCCCGGGGCUCGGUAGGACCCUCCAGUGCCUCUACCACCCCUAGAGAUCCUUCACUUUCCCAUUUUCUACCGGCAGAUAACAAUGACAAAGUUGAGGAUUCCGAUGAGGAGAACACACAGAGCCGAGUAUCACACAGUCAACAGGAUGACUCCUGGGCCGACGAUAGUGUCAGCCUCGGACUGGACAAGAAAAAGGUAUCAGAUAGAGAUGAUGACUCAGACUUUGGGGCGGAUGAGUUGGGCGAGGCAGAUGAGGAUGUUCCUAAGAUAAGCCUGGCAGCCAAACUUACCAAAUUCCCCGACAGUGAAGGUGAAGAUGAGGAUGUGGAUGAAGAAGAUUAUGAGGAAGAUCAGGAAGUUCCUCCGACAAAUAUUCCAGGGCGACAGCAGCAGAGCUCAGUCAAAUCUAACCAAUCACACACCUCCAUCGAAGACAACAUUCCUUAUGAUGAGGAGGAAGAAGAGGAAAACAGGGAGGAAAUGGAGGAACCUGGGAGGAAAAGAACAAUUACUGCCAACAGGGUUUCCUUCAGGGAUGAGUCAGAGAUUAGGGAAAUUACUGAUGAUAAUGACACUACAGACAUUGAGGAGGAUGAGGAAUCAGGAUCUGGUGCCAAAAAACCCAAACUGGACGAUCAACAGACUUCAUCAUCUGGAUAUUUACCUACAGGAGUGUCUAAUUUAUCACCAUCUGCUGGCUUUGACAAGGAGAAGCAAAGAGGCAUCUUGAGCAAGCAAAGUGCUGAUGAAAAUCAGGGCAAAGCUUUCCUGGCUGACCUUGGUAUAGAUGAUGAUGUGGAUAGUGGACCAGAAAUCUCUGAGCUGUCAGAUGAGGAACCUGCCCUCCCCAUGUCACCACCCCCCAAAAUAACAGAGGUGGACCCUGAUAAUCAGGAGAGUGAGUGGGACUCCACCCAGCCCUCCAUUACCCCCAGGCCAGGGAUACUCAAAAACUGGAAACAGGCCAGCCAAGAUGAGGUGGAGAAGAACACCCAAAAGAAGAUCAUUACACCACGAUCUGAUGGAUCAGAAUGGGACAGUGACUUAGAAAAUGAAGUAGACCCAGAUCAAGAAAUUGAGGAAAAUAGUCAAGUGAAAGCUAGAUAUGAAUUGACCCACUUCUCUGAUGAUGACGAUGGGUUGUCGGACUUCGAGGAAAGUGAGGUUGAACCCAAACCAAAACGAAUCGAGGUCCAUAGAGAUGGCACCUUAAAGGAGGUAAAGAGGGAUGGAACCUUAAUGGGGAUAGGGGAUUCCCCUAUAGCUCUUGACUACACCCCUAGUGAUGACUUUGAUAUGAAUGUAUCACCUCCGGAACCAUUCCAAGAGGAAUCCAAUGAUGAAGUGGUAGACUUGACCAUAGAAGACGAAUCUCCCAGGGUAGAUGUCAUGGGUCUUGAUGAAAUUCCGGUGCAGUUAGAACCAGCAGCACCUGAAAUAAAUGAGGAACUUAGUGAUGAUCCAGAAACUGACCAUGAAGUGGCCCAAGUACUUGCCUCAAGGUCAGGAGAUAAGGUCAAGGUCAAAGACAAACCUCAGCCAAAGGAUUCACCAGAACAAGUGCCAUCUGAUGAAGAGGUUGAGAGUUUAAAUUUGAUGGUGUUGAAGCACAUUUCUGCACAUAGAAAGACUACCAGCCAAUGGGAUUCUACAGCCGAGGAUGGGAUCACUCCCAGGGUCCAAAAUAUGACAUAUUUCACUGAGAUGAAAUCAAAGCAAGAAGAAUCAAAAGUCACUGAAGAAGUUGAAGAAGAGGAUGAAGACAAUCAACCCUCUGAAGAGAACGAUGUCCAGAAGAUGGAGCAACCUGUACCAGACAUGAAAGAGAAGAUAAUGGAGCCAGUUCGUGUUGUUGACAACCAGACUGCAGCCGUCCCAAAGAAACAGGAAACUCCACUCUCAGAGGAUGAGGAUGAAGACUCAGACUGGGACUCAGAGGAUGAUAUGCUGCCCUCAGAAUCUGCCCCUCCAGUGUAUGGUGUACCUCCUCUGCCAGAAACAAAGGAGAGUUCUCAAAAGGGAGAGCACUCAGUGUCUGAGGAUAUUGAAGAAGAGUCUAUAAGUGAAUGGGAGAUUGAAAGAAAGCAAGAUAAGGAUAAGUUACAGAAGCAGAGAGCCAAGGAAGAAGAACUGCAGAGGAAGUGGGAAGAGGAACAGAGGCAGGCUAUGGAAGAACAAGACAGACUCGAUGAGGAAGAACAAAGACAGGCUCUGGAGGAAGAACACAGGCUGGAACAAAUCCAGAGAGAGGCUGAGUUGUCACGACAACAGAAAUGGGAGGAGGAGGAGAGGCUAACACAAGAGAGAUUGAGGAGGGAAGCAGAGGAGGAACAGAUGAGGGAGAGGGAGCUGGAGGAAGAAUUCAUUGCUGAGGACCCUUUGGAGGAGACUCAGCCUCUGUCCCCGAAAUCUCAGUCCUCCCUGGACUCCUCAUCUGGGUCACAGAAACGGAAGGAGAUGAAAAAAGCCAGCUUUCUUCAUGUGAAAGAUUUUAUGAAAUCUGAGGGUGUAAAAUCUCCUGACACCCCACCAACAGUGAGACUGAACAUCAAACCCUUCCAAUCAGAAUCCUCUAAACCCCCAGAGAAGGAGGUGGAAGAGGAAUUUAUAGCUUUGGAAAGCAAGGAGGAUCUCCAGGCCCCUCCCAUUGAGAGGGGCUUUACCUCUGUGAAAACCCAGGCUGUCAAAGAGGAAGUUAAACAGGUGAAAACUGGUAGCCCUCCCCUGAUUGAUUUAGAACCAGAGUUAGAGUAUGUGGAAGCUUCUGCUAGAAAUGAUGAUCAGAAUGUUGAAAAAUCCCCAAUUUCCAUCGAGAAGACUCAGGUACCCUUGAAGGAAGACUUGAUUGAAGUGACCACGAGUUUCAACACAGCCUCCCCCAGACGCCCUCCCCAGACCAGUGUGACAGAACAACUUCAUAACGGAUAUGACAAAGAUACUGACAUCCAUGGUGGACAGAAGAAUCGAUCCGAUGGCCCCGCCUUUUCCCAUAACCACAGUCUAGGAGUCAACUCCUUCAACUCCUCCCCUGCUGUCAAUCAUAAAAGACACACCCCUCAUAUCACUGCUGGCACCUCUCCUCCCAACAUGCACAGUGAUGGCAUGAGUGUGGAUGAUGAAGACUCUGUAGAUUUUGAUUUUGACAGACCCGCAGACAAUAUGGGGACCUAUCUGCGGGGCCUGCCUGGGGGUAACUACGGACCCUACAGGGGGAUAGAUCUGCCUGAUGAUGAUGCUUUUUCCUACACCUCUACAGAGAAUGGAGACAGCAUGAUCUACCAGACCAACUCUCCUUACGGAAAAGACGUCCUAGCUAAUAUGAAUCUAUCAGAUCCUGCUACUGUGCUGAAGCUACAGGAACAUAUGCAUGAACAGAACAAGAGGCUGGACCAGGAGAAAAACACAAGGAUGACCCUGGACAACAAGAUCAGGUCACUCAACAAGGAGAGGAAUGAACUUCUCAAGAAGAUAGACAAUCUGAGCCAGAUGAGGUCCUCCCUGGAACAGACAAAGCUUGAUAUGGAGCAGAAAAUCCGGAAUCUGGAGUACAAUCUCAGUGAGGAGGCUGAGAUGAGGAAAAAUGCCGAGACAUUACUCACCAAAACCAAGGAACAGCUUGCUCGCAAAGAGGAACAGUUCACCAAUGAGCUGGAGGAAAAACAGAAGACAGAACUCCAGAUGAGGAAUCUCCAACUGGAUCUCCGGACCACAAAAAAUAACAUCAAACAGUUGGAGGAUGAAAAAUCAGAUCUUCAGAGACAACUUCAAAAUGAGAGGAAUGCACGGCAACUCCAGGAACAGUUUAAUGAGGACCAGCAAAAGAUCCAGCAGGCCCUUCACUCCGAACAAAUCAAAUCCGAGGCAGAAAAGGAUAUUCUGCCCUUUGAUGAUGAUGAUGAAGAUUCAGAAGCAGAAAACAAACUAGAGGCGGUGGAUGAGGACAGGAAGUCUGCUAACGAGUUACUGAGGAAGUUACGGGCCGAGAACAAUGCAUUUAAGCUGGAAAUUGAGAAGCAGAGACUUCGCCAUCGAGAUGAGGUGACCAUGUUAUCCACAGAAACCGAGGAGCUGCAGAGUAAAAUUGAGGAACUGAAGAACGAGAUUAAACUGAAUGAGGAGGCUCUGUCCCACGCGACUAUCCAAUACAAUCUACAGACUAGUAACCUCAGAACGGAGAUCUCCGUCAUUAACUCAGUACUGGAGAAGGAGAGGGCCACCAAAGAUAAACUAGAGGCUGAGUUGGCAUCUUUGAAGACGAGGUACCACACCAUCUCACUAGAACUGGACAAAGCAGAGCAGGCUAGGAAUGAGGCAGAGAGGCGAUUGCAGCAUGAGAAGGAAGAGUGGUCAAGGCAGCUGGACACCAGGGAAAAAGAAGUGGCCAGUCUGAAGGACAACAUACAGGGACUACUGCACCGAAUCACUAACCUGGAGAAUAAACUCAACCUCACGGAGAAUGAGUUACACAAAACAGAGGCCACACUUUUAGAGAAGAACAACAUGUUAAACAAAGCUCAGAAGGACCUGGAUUUUAUACAGAGUGCUCACACUGCAUCUGAGGAGAAAUGUCACACAGAGAUGGAGCUACAUAACAAGUUACAGGCUAAACUGGAGCAGCUGCAAGAAAAACACACCACCAUGCAGCAUGAAAAUCUGUCCCUUAAGCAACAGGUUGAAAACCUUCAGAGGAGUAUCGCAGAGCAGGGUGGGGACAAGAGUCUGGAAUACACUAAGAUCAUUGCCAGCAUGCAGGCUGAUGCUGAAAAGACAAAGAUGCACUGGGAGGAGAGAAAUUUGAUUUUAUCAGACCAGUGUUCUCGACUGAAGGAAGAGAAUCGUAACAUUGAGGCUCGCCGGAAUCAACUGGAACAGGAAAAUGGUCGACUUAACAACGAGGUAGCGGACCAGAUCCGUAAACUCUCAGUGGUGGAGGCCAACUAUCAAAAUCUGGAUCAGACUAAGAGAGGCAUGGAGGAGGAGAAGAUGAGGUUACAUAUGGAGAUAGAGAAGUACAGAGAAAAGGCCAAUCACGAACGGGAGAAGAGUAUCGAGGCCCAGAGUAAAUACAACACUGUGGAGGAUCAACUGAGGAGGAUCCAGGAGAGGGAGGAGACCAACAGUCAGAAACUCCUCAAUAGCUCUGCCAACAUGGAGGCUGUCAAUAAGUCUAAGUCGGAGCUGGAGGAAAGUUACCAGAAUCUGAAGCUAGAGAACGCUAAGCUGGAGGCUGAAGUCAAACACGAGAGACAGAGGGUAGAAAUGUUACAGAAGGAUCUCAACGACUCACAAAAGGUCCGUAACAGUUUGGAGGCAUUGUGUUCAAAUCUAAAGACAACAAAUUCUCAUCUGGAAGAUAAACUUGGGCAUGCAACAUUCACUGACCUUGGCUCAGAUGAAGAGAACACAACUAAGUCAUUAAUAGCACAAGAGGCAGAGGAACACAAAGAUCUCUGGGAAAAAGAGGUGAUAUCUCGAUCUAAACUCGGUCUCAAGAUCUCCCAGUAUGAAAAGCAGAAACAGGAUGCAUUUGUUCAGUUGGAAGAGGAGAGAAGAAAACACAGAAAGACGAUAGAAGCCAAGAGGACAGCGGAGAUGAAACUGGAGGCAGAGAUAGACAAGAAUACUCAGCUACAGAAGGAAGUGGCCAGUUUAAAAACUUACCUGAAGGUGGCCAAGAAGAGAUUAAAGGGCCUUGAUUCCCGUGACUCUAGAAUUAACUCUCUGAGUGCCGAUUUUGAUCGUGAACGUUUGACCAUGGAGAGUACCCUUUCAUCUGUCAGGCAGCAGCUGCAGGAUUUACAGCUUCAUUUGGAGAGAGAGAUAGAUGAGAAACAACGACUACAAUCCAAGAACCUUAAGCUGCAAAACGAGCUUGCUGAGCUACAGCAGCUCAAAAAAGUGAUUAAAAAGCUGGAGCUCUCUAAAGAUAAACUGGAGAGCGAGUAUAAGGCCUAUAAGAAUAAGGUGGAGACGGGAUAUGUAGAGAAGGAGGAUUUGGAGCGUAUCCAGCGUGAAAUGGAGGCUCGAUACAGGAUGGAACUGAACCGUAAACUAGAGGAUGUCAACCAUUACCUGGAGGAUCAAGCUCGAGCCAGGGAGAAACUGGACAUGUCUCGAGAUGAAACUGAGUUCAAGAUUAGAGAUGACCAGAAAAAGAUUCAGGAAGAGAAUGCUUCACUGAGGAUGAAGUACGAGCAGGCAGUUGCUGAGAGGGAGAGUCGCGAGAUGGAGGUAAAACGUUACCGGGAACUUUACGAGAGCGAGAUGCAAUGGAGGAUGCGUCUUAGCAACCAACUCAUGCAGACAUCUGAUAAAGCCUUCACGUACAAGUCAAAUUUAGAAAAACAGAGAAACAGAGCUCUGAAUACUCUAGGAAACCUCACUUUCUCAGGAACACUUAAUGGUCAGCUGCUGGACACGAGUCGAAUAUCAGGGACGACGGACGACCUGUUUACCAGCAAACUCAAGGCUGAGUUAGAUCGCAGCAUCAAUAAACACCUGGAAGCAGCACCCCAUGACAAUGGAAAACCUGUGAUCCGCCUACACAGUGACACAAUGAACUCUUCCUUUGCCAAAUCUAAUGCAGACUACUUAGAAGUGCUACAGAGAAAAUAUCUUGUCUAGCCAUCAACAUUAUUCAGUCAUUUCAUCCAUAACUUAUCUCAUCCACAACUCCACAUUGUCCUGGUUUUCCUGAGGCUGGGAGAAGUUUUCAUAAAGAUCUGUGUCUGCAUAUUCCUGAUUUUUCUGCUCAGUAAAAAUCAGUUUCGUUUUUCGGAGGAAUAUGUUAAUGGCUUAAGUUUAUGAAUACAUCUCUUUCCAUUAUUAUGCAAUAAUUAUUUUAUAUGCAUGAACUCAAAUCAAAAUCACGGGGUACUUUUUUAUGAUUUUCACCAAUGCACUUUAUUAUUUUAUUGACAUCUGAUGAAAUAGGAAGGAUAUAAAAAUAUUAUUUAAAAUCAUAGAUUUUGAAUCCAAUUUUAAUUGAGCUGUGCCUGGCAUCCCAUUUAAAACAUACCUAGGUUUCAGUGACCUAAAAAAUAGGUUUUUUUCUAUAUUUACUCAAUUUAUGCAAUAUUAUUUUUACACAGGUUACAUUUACAAGUGCACAGUUCUGUGAUAUUUAGUUUUGAACCCCUCACAAACAGAGUAUAAUUUGAUAUGCAUAACAUAUACUAGUAUAUAUGUUUACUUUGUGUAUAUAUGAACUAGAACCUACUUAAAAUAUUGUGUAGAUAACGGUUUUAUCAAGAUUUAUUCAGUAGGGAUUUGUUACCUAGAAAUUUAAAUCUGGUGAUUUUAAUACUCAGUGUGAUAAUAGAAACAUGCAUUGUCAACAAACUUAUUAUUAAUAGCUUGAAAUGUUUACAAUAGAAUAAUUUUUCUAGGGAAUUGUUAGAUUUUGGGGAGUAUAGGUAUAUUUUCACUUAGUGGGUUGCCAUAACUUUUCUGUAAGAAACAGAGAAUCCGUUUGGGGUAAAGCUGGUUUAUAAUCCAUUCUAGUCAAUUUUAUUUUAAUAUGCACUAGUUGAAAUUAAUAAAUGGUGCACUUAUGGAAAAUUGAAGAAUUUUAGUGAUUGACAAUUUUUUGACUUUCUUGUCAUGAUGGUAAAAAUGGGUUGUGGUAUCAAAAGGCCAAUUACUAAGUCAAGGUUGUACAUGGUUUGAAUUUAGUUUUUAAUUAACGGGUUUUAUUGCACUAGUAUGUAUUUCACUUCCGUCCACUAAAAAUAGUUUUAAUGGAUAAAACCUGGUGUUCAAUUAUCCAUGCCUUACAAGCUAAGGAAAUCAUCCAUCCAUUUUAUGUUUAUUUUUUGUUUUAUUUUUGUCAUUUUUAUUAUUGAUGUACCAUCAUCAUAUUCUAUACAUUAUAUUAUAAAAUUGAUGAUAUUUUAAUAUAUAUAAAUUAUUUUAACUUGA